CGUCUUCAUGAAUUGAGGAAGGCUCAGAAAGUGACUUCACUUUGGGUCAUGCUUUUGACCUGGGCGUGAACCGUGUCUAUGGGACUUACCCGUUCGAGAGGCUUUUGUUCCGCCGAGCCCGGUGAGCAAUGCCGGAAGACGGCAAUGCAUCAUGAACCAUCCUACUUGGGCUGUGUCGCGUUUCGGGGCCAGUGUUACCUUGCUCGUCGAUGUUCUGAACACCAUCCAAAUCCGGCGCACUCGUUUACAUGAAGGAAACUUGGGCUCCUUUCCGAUGUUGCUGAUUUCCAGACUCUCGUCAUCGCUAUGGUCGCGAAUCUCCUAGACCAAGGGCCACUGGCGGGAUAAGACCGAUCGAUGAUUUGGGGGAGUAUUCAGCGACCCGCUAUCCGGCAUCUGAAGACAGUGGUCAGAGGUAAUGAACACACAGGGUCAACCUCGCUCGCCGUGGCCGGUCGCUCUCAACAAGUAUCUCCGUCUUGCGCUCCGAUUCGUGGCCGUCUCUGCUUUGUCUGUGCGGACAGUAAAGCGCUCCUGUCUCACCAUCGCAAGUCAGUCAUGCCGACUACAGUUUUGGUGAAUGAACAGACACGGUACAUCCAACAACUGACCCGUGGUUGCAGCAGCAGACAUGCAUCCCACCCCGUCUUUAGAUUUGGGACCCGAGUCGGUGGACAACACGCUGAGUACGUUGGGUGUGAGACUGCGCGCGAGAAGAUCACCGAAGCGACAGGCAUGGUUUGCCAGGGACGGAAAAUCAGACAGCCUCCUAGUACACGGUCUCGUCGUGGACUAUCCAGCCAGUAUCUAAUGCGCCGACCCAUCACGCCAACUGUCCAGCUCUUCCUGUCCCUCCGGAUCUCAUAUCUCAGAGCUCAUCGACAGCGCGCGCAUUGGUUGCCUCGCUCAGAUUUGUUGGACAACACACGCGUUUCACUCUCAAUCGACAUGCUUACGCCUCCGCAUCCACCAGCAUCCACUUCUACACCCACCGGUAAUCACGAUCGACAUCAACAUGCGUAUUCCAUCAUUAGUAGCCCUCCCGCUUGUAGCGGCUGCAUGGUCUGCUGUCGUGCGUCCUGUUCCUGCGCUUCCCGAUGCAGAUAUCCGGACACGCGGUGUCUGUCCGAGUAUGAGCUCAGCAUCCUCGCUCGGGCGAUCCCAAUCGAGGAGCACAUAUCUGAAUUCAAGGAUCAUAAGAACCGCAAAUCUGAUCGACAAUGUUCCAGACGUCUAGUGACCAAUAUGGAUAUGUCGCGGUGUCCUGCAUUGCCAGCGUCCCUGCCUUUCUAAUGCCAGUUUCCGGCGUCGUUCGUGCCCGUCUGCGCCCGCGGCUACCUCGUCUGCCCGAUCCAUUCCAAACCGCUGUGAUUCAGGAAGGCCUCUCACUUCAGCAAUUGUCAGGUGCUUCGCUUCGCUGCUUCCGCGCCCGUGUGCAUAUGCCAAUUUCUGUUG